AUGCUCGACUUUGCCUACGCGCGCGGCGUGAACCUCUUCGACUUAUCGGAGUGCUACCCGGCCAAGGACAACGACGGCCGCGCCGAGACGCUCUUCGGGCGAUGGCUGCGCGAGCGGGAGAUCGCGCGCGGCUCCGUCGUCAUCUCGACGAAGGUCGUCGGGCCCGGCGGCGACAAGGUGCUCCCGCACCGCUACGACGCGCUCGGCACGCCUCCCGGGGACCGGCCGUCGUUCGCGCAGCCGUCGAAACAGCAGAUCCUCGACGCCUGCGAGGCGUCCCUGAAGCGCCUGGGCGUCGACCGCAUCGACCUGUUCGAGAUCCACUGGCCCGCGCGCUACGUGCCGAAAUUCGGCGAGUCCGGCGCGCGGUUCAACCCGGACCUCGCCGUCUCCUGCCCGUCCUUCGACGAGCAGCUGGACGCGAUCGAAGCGCUCUUGGAGGCGGGCAAGAUCGCGGCCUGGGGCGUGUCCAACGAGACGACCUUCGGCCUCACGACCUUCCUCGAGCGCGCGAAGGCUCGGCACAUGCCCGGGCCCGCGUCGAUCCAGAACGACUACUCGCUCUGCGACCGCCGCUUCGAGACCGAGCUCGCGGAGGCGUGCCACCACGGGGACGUCGGCCUGCUCGUCUUCGGCGCCAUGUGCGGCGGCACGCUCUCCGGCAAGUACAACCGCGGCCGCAUGCCCAGGGACGAGGCGAGGCAUCGCGAGAUGCCGGGCUACCAGGCGCGCUACACGUGCGCGGCGACGCUCCGGGCGGCCGAGGAGUACGCGGACCUCGCCGCCGCGCACGGCCUCUCGCCGGCGCAUCUGGCGCUCGCGUGGUGCUACAGCCGGUCCUUCGUCGCGUCGACGAUCCUCGGCGCGCGCCACGUCGCGCAGCUCGAGGACCAGCUCGACGCGCUCGCCGCGGCGGCCAAGGUCACGCCCGCGCUCGCGCGGGACGUCGACCGCGUCCACCACUGCUGCCCGAACCCGAACUACUCGGACACGCACGGCCAGUACUACGCGACCUAA